CUAUCGUGAGUUUCAACUCUGCAGCAUGACGACUGUCUGAGGAAUUCGGGCAGCCUCUAAUGACUUGUGGUUUUCAGUCAUUCACAAAGGAUGUGGUCGUUGAGAAGGGAGGAGAGAUGACCUGAAGGACUUACUUUCUUGAUUUUGUAAGAGUCUGGAUAUCUAUAAAAACCCUCCUUCGUCCCUCCUCAUCAGUCCAUCUUCAGCACUCACAAUUACAUUCUUCCAUCACAACAAUCAAACAAUCCCUCAACUCAAGAUCUUUCAGAUCCCCCAAACCAAACCAUCAACAUGAAGGCCUCACUCAUCCUCGCUCUUCCCGCCCUUGCCGUUGCGGCUGCUACCCCUCAUCAGGUUGAGGAGCGACAGCUCCCAACCCUCUUCGAUCCUGCCUGUCUUCUCCAGAUCACUGGCAUCACCCAAUGCCUCCCCAACCUCAGCCUCGACAGCAUUAUUGGAAUUGUCGACGUCAUCGGCUGCCCUCUUCGACUUGCUGGCCAGAUCGCUGCCUGCCUCGACGUUCCCGGUACCAAGUAAACGGACUCACAAACAAUCAUUCACUUCUUGGAGGAUGGGUUGACUAUUAUGUCAUGGAUAGGAAAAAAAGGCCUCGCCCAGAAUCAGAUUCUUGAAUUGACAAUACCUAUUGAGGCACA